GCGCCCAGGUGUGAUCACAUGGCACGUCGGUGGAGGUAACCGGGCCAUCCAUUCUUUCGAGCCUAUGGAAAGGGAUUUGAAGCGUCCGUCCGAGGGCGCUUGGAAAGCGGCAGCCGUCAGAAACUGAGAGCCUCCCCCAAGCUCCCUUGGGUGAGCAGGUUCCCUGGGGGCUUUUGGUUUGCGAACAUGAGCAGGUGAUGGUGACUUUCCGACUGCCCACUCAGCAGCACCCGGGAAAGCUGACCAGGUGGACGCCUCCCCCUCCACCAGCCCUUGACCCAGCUCUGGAGCCGAAAGCGAACCCUGCCCGGGAGUCCCUGCCCAGCGACGGCAAGGAGGAUUUGGCAAACAUGGCCGGAGAGCUACCUGUGGACUUGAGCACCUGGCGGAAAGGGGGCAGCCAAGGCAGAUGCGUCUCCCCCGACAGAGAGGUUUCUUUGGAUGCCUCCGGGAGGCAGUUGCCCACUUCCCGGGAGCCCGAGGAAGCCCCGAGUGCCGUCUGCCAGCCCGGCCCCAUCCUUCCAGGAAUGCGGAGCACGGCUUCCCCCCAGGCGGGGCUGGAGGGGGAGAAGAAGGCCAAGACAUGCUUGCCCUUGCGGAAACGCCCGUAUGUUGUGCCGGGGGCAGGUGGGGGCGCCCAGGGGCCGCUGGCUGGCAAAGUCCCCAAGACGGAGAGCAGCGAGCUGUGGGGCUCCCCCUUCAAUGGUUACCACUCUCCUUAUAUCUCUGUCAGCUACCCAAGAUUCCCAGCUGUGUAUUACUCAGGUUUGGCCGGCCCCUUCAUCAGCCCCGAGAUGUCGCCGCUUUUGCAUCCCGUGACCCCCAACCCAGUGCUGAGGGUCCCCACCCCUUACUCGUUCCUCUGCCCCAUGGAGGCCCAGCUGGCCCUAGACGUUGCCACAGCGACCAAGCAAGAUGAGGACGGAGACACGCCUCUCCACAUCGCUGUGGUUCAGGGGAAUCUUCUGGCCGCUAGACGGCUGAUCGCUCUUUUCCACCAGGGGAGGCAAAGCCUGGACACCUUCAACAACCUGCGGCAGACCCCCUUACACUUGGCCGUCAUCACAGCCCAGCCAACUCUGGUGAAGCUGCUGUUGUCUCACGGAGCGUCGCCCAUGGUGCUGGACCGCAAUGGGCAGACCGCCCUCCACCUUGCCUGCGAACACGACAGCAUCCAUUGCCUGCAGGAGCUGCUGGAUGGGAGCCCGGGUCCUCUGGAUCUGGAGGCGCGAAACUUUGAGGGUUUUACACCUCUCCAUGUGGCUGUUGGAACCCAGAAUCGUGACAUUAUUCUGACUCUGCUAGAACACGGGGCAGAUGUUGAUGCUGUGGAUAUUAAGAGCGGGCGGUCUCCGCUACUGCAUGCCGUGGAGAACGAUAACCUGGAGAUGGUUGAGCUGCUGCUACAGCACAGAGCCAACGUCAAUGCACAAUCGUACGGGGGCAACACAGCGCUCCAUGCGGCCUGUGGGCGGGGGCUUCUGGAAACCCUGCGUCUCCUGGUGCGCAACGGGGCAGAUGGCAGCCUGAAGAACUACCACAACGACACCCCCUUGAUGGUGGCCAAGAAUAAAAGGGUGAUCGACAUCCUGAGAGGAAAAACUUCCCGCCCUGGGCCGCCGCCUGAAAACAUCCGCGAGGGUUCGUCCCCAGCAACCAGCAAUGCCAGCUCCCCUGGUAUCCGACCCGUCCACACUGGCUUGCUGAGGGCUUCUCCCGAUUCCUGCCCCACCACCCCAAGCCCCGCCCAGACCCCGAAGCCCCACAGAGCCGUGCAGUCCCCCAACUCGGCCAAUCAGAAGCCCGAGAGCACCGCAUCGACCAAUGGGCCUUUGACACAUGGCACCUUGUCUGGGGUGAAACUGGAAAGGAGCCCGACUCCGCCCACACCAGAGCAGCCAAUGGGAUUUCCAGGGAUGCCCAAGUUCUUCCUGCCAGUGGCUGAGAGCCUGGUGGAUCCCGCCUUCCACACCACCCUCUACCCCUUUGCGUCGUCCAGCCACAACUAUUCGCCGCACCACCUCUGCCUGCUUCCCGCCGGCAUGCAGCAUUCUGUCAUAUCCCUGCCCGCAGCGCCCCAAGCCAAUCGGAUUCACCCGCGGGGCACAGAGGUGGACCAAUCACAGACGCUGCUGGACUCUGAGACCCCGCCAGCUGCCGACCUCAAAGGGCAGUGGCCAAAGAGCAGAGACAGUGGUCCUGGCGGCAGCUGACAGGAGGAGAUCGAGGGACUCCCUCCUGAUUCCUGUACAGAGGGGGCUUCCCACUCGAUGCUGUGCCUCACCAGGCAACAAAGGGCCAACCCGUCCUAGACUUUUGCUGCUAUGGGUUCCUGGCGCGAAAAUGGCACUUGUUUGCGGCUUCGGGACCCAGAGGGCCGCAGCUCUGACCGAUGAGACUCCUGAUCUCAGGGUUGUGGGUUCGAGUCCCACAUUGGGCAAAAGAUUCCUACGUUGCAAGGGGGGGUGAACAAGACGACCCUCGUGGUCCCUUCCAACUCUACAAUUCUAUGACAAAGCUGAGAUGAUCCUAUGGGCAGUGGUGGGCCAGUCAGCUUGACCCCCAACUACAGUCCCAGCAGCCUUCCAUACUCGGGUCUUGCU